AAGCGAAGUCAAUUCAAUUACAUAUUCAAAUCUCACGAUACAAGAACAUAUCUCUAUCGGGCCUUCGCUUGUCAUCUUUUUAUUACCAACUCCAACCCCAAGCGCAACCCCUCUUCUUCAUUACCCACUCCAAGCGGCGCCAAAAAAACCAGCAUCCACCGCCGGGAUUGCAAACUCCGGCCGGUCUUUCGUUCUCCGCAUCCCACCACCGAGACGAGACUCCACCAGCCGCAGAGCCUCGCGACAAUCUCGGCCUUCUCUGAAAACAGAAGCACAGCCUAGAAACAAGAUAUUCCCAGCUUCACUACAAUGGCCGCCGCUCCGUCGCCGACCCUGGCGCCGUCACCCCGGCCCGGGGCACCAAUGCCCUCAGAUCUAACUUUUCCCCAGGACACGAACCCGCGUCUGUCCAUCGCGACGCCAAUGCGGCUCAUGCUGGGAACAAUCUCGUCAGCAGUCGUGGGCUUCUCGCUUGGUGCGACGCAGGGCGGACAGAUGGCGCAGCUACGGUUUCGGGCGGAGCAUGCGCACAAGAUGCCCGACACGACGACAGGGUGGUACUUCUACCACAAGAGCAAGAAUUACCACGCCAUGCAGGGCGGCAUACGAGAGGGCUUCCGCAUGGGUCUCAAGACGGGCUUCUGGAGCUUCCUGGCCUUGUCGCUUGAGAGCACGGUCGAUCGAUAUCGCGGGGCGAGCGACAUGUUUUCUACGACGAUAGCUACGCUUACAGUCGCCGGCGCGUUUUCUCUUUGGCAUCGCCUGUCACUCACAACCGCCGCCCGGACCGCGCGAUACGGGUUGUUGUUUGGCCUUGCGUACGGUGGGAUUCAAGAUGUGCUUGGCUUAGCCCGAGGCAGACCGAUCGGGUAUGUCGAGUUCUUGCGAGGUCGGAGGUCAAAUACAAGGGAAGAUGAUGAUGCUCGUCCAGCAUUGUGAUGUAAUUGGGUUCUUCUAUGUACAAUAUACAAAAUGUAGAUAUAUCACGACUUGGUCAAUGGUUCAUAACUUAUCGCACUGACCAGAGACCAGCACAGGGGAAUAACAUGGUGCAAGAUCAAUUCAGAGAUAAAAAAUAUGCUAGUGUCGUUUGUUAUCGG